AUGGAGAGGAAUGAGAUGCUGCUCUAUGCCACCAGUGCGGAUGAUCUAGAAAACCUAAGUGUCCCCCAGAUGGGGGGUGAGAAAGAGAACCACGCUGCCGAUGACUCCGAGCGAGGGGCCCUGGACAUGUGCUGCAGUGAGAGGCUGCCGGGUCUCCCCGACCCUGUAGUGAUGGAGGCGCCGGACAAGAUGGAAGGGCUCCCCGACUCGCCGAUGGCGACGCCACCGCCCCCACCGCCCACGGAGCCAGCGCAGAAGCCGCCACCUCCAGGCACCGGCAGCCACUCCCUCACCGUCAGGAGCAGCCUGGGCCUGUUCGCCGCCGCUCAGUUCGUGCUUGCCUGCGGGGUGCUGUGGUUCAGCGGCUAUGGCCACGCGUGGUCGCAGAACGCCAGAGACCUCGUCUCCUCCUUGCUCACGCUCCUGAAGCAGCUGGGGGCUACGGCCUGGCUGGGCGCCGGGGCCUGGGGGCUCCCCAGCCUGCUGCUCCUCUCCCUGUCUGUGGGCCUGCUCCUCGUCGCCCCCCUGGUGUGGCACUUCCUGAGGGCUCCUGCAGAGCCGCCCGCCACGGACAGGCGCCAGUCGGUGAGCCGCCAGCCCUCCUUCACCUACUCGGAGUGGAUGGAGGAGAAGGGAGAGGAUGACUUCCUGGACCUGGACCCCGUGCCCGAGACGCCCGUGUUUGACUGUGUGAUGGACAUCAAGCCUGAGGCCGACCCCACCUCACUGACCGUCAAGGCCAUGGGUCUGCAGGAGAGGAGGGGCUCCAACGUGUCCCUGACCUUGGACAUGUGCACGCCGGGCUGCAACGAGGAGGGCUUUGGCUACCUGGUGUCGCCCCGCGAGGAGUCGGCCCACGAGUACCUGCUCAGCGCCUCCCGCGUCCUCCGAGCGGACGAGCUGCACGAAAAGGCCCUGGACCCGUUCCUCCUGCAGGCGGAGUUCCUUGAAAUCCCCAUGAACUUUGUGGAUCCCAAAGAGUACGACAUCCCCGGGCUGGUGCGGAAGAACCGAUACAAAACCAUCCUGCCCAACCCUCACAGCAGAGUGUGUCUGAGCUCGCCAGAUCCCGAGGAUCCUCUGAGUUCCUACAUCAACGCCAACUACAUCCGGGGCUACGGCGGCGAGGAGAAGGUGUACAUCGCCACGCAGGGCCCCAUCGUGAGCACGGUGGCCGACUUCUGGCGCAUGGUGUGGCAGGAGCACGCACCCAUCAUCGUCAUGAUCACCAACAUCGAGGAGAUGAACGAGAAAUGCACCGAGUACUGGCCGGAGGAGCAGGUGGUGCACGAUGGCGUAGAGAUCACCGUGCACAGGGUCAUCCACACUGAGGAUUACCGGCUGCGACUCAUCUCCCUCAAGAACGGGAGCGAAGAGCGAGGCCUGAAGCAUUACUGGUUCACUUCCUGGCCCGACCAGAAGACCCCAGACCGGGCCCCUCCGCUGCUGCACCUGGUGCGAGAGGUGGAGGAGGCAGCCCAGGAGGAGGGGCCGCGCUGUGCCCCCAUCGUCGUCCACUGCAGCGCGGGCAUCGGGAGAACCGGCUGCUUCAUCGCCACCAGCAUCUGCUGCCAGCAGCUGCGGCGUGAAGGCGUGGUGGACAUCCUGAAGACCACGUGCCAGCUGCGGCAGGACAGGGGCGGCAUGAUCCAGACUUCCGAGCAGUACCAGUUCGUGCACCACGUCAUGAGCCUCUACGAGAAGCAGCUGUCCCGCCAGCCCCCAGAGUGA